AUGGCAGGUUUCGGCAUCCUGUGCUGCAGGGAGGUGUCGCACGGCUCCAAGGAGCACAUCAGCGAUGCCAAGCGUCGCAAGGAGAAGGAGCGGCGAGCACGGCGGAAGGAAGGAAAGCAGCGAGAACGAGGGGACGAUCGGCGGCACCAGCGACACCCCAAGGACGUUGAAGACUUGGGUCGUGUCAAGGGCGCGCCGGAUGAGGUGGAGAUGGAGCACAAUGCAGACUUUCUAAGGAGGAGGAGCAGCAGCCGUCUACUUGACGACGACAGCGAGUACUCCGGGGAGAGUGCCCGGAGUGGCUUGUCGCGCGCCUCUUCUUUCGCUUCUUCUUAUGCAUCCUACGUCUCCACGCAGUCGGCAGAGCCCCGUCGCAGAAGGAGCCAGGGCUCCCGACGUGGCUCCAAGGGCCGCGAAGGACCGGCUGAGGCUGCGCCGUCGACGGUGAAGGUCCUAAAUCUCGCCGAUUUGCGUGGCAGAGAGCUCCCUGCCAAGCUAGAGGACCUGCAGAAGGUUCCUAUGGAUCCGGCGAUUGCACGAACAUCCGUGAAGAACGGGGCUGCGGCUGCGAACGGCUCCAGCAGCAAUCGGCAGCCGGCGAAGCCUUCCCCGCCGCCAGUGGAGGUGCCUCCUCGAGAGGAGCAAGAGGAGGUUCAGGCACCCCUCUCUGCACGGUCCGGCCGCUCCGAGGGCGCGGGCAGCGUGAAAAGCGUUGCCUCCACUAGCAUCCAGCGAUACUCGGACCAGCUGUCAGGACCAAAGAAGUCCUCGGCUGAAAUCAAGAAGAUGGUGAAAGAGUUCGUGAGGGAGAUGGUCAAGGGAAAAGAGAUGAACGUAUUGCGCGUGGAUGGCAGUCUCAUGGAGGUGAAGUGCGGGCUCACAAGGACCCUGGAUGCCCUCAAGAUCAAGUCGGGCGGGGAAACGCGGAAUCUUCGCCUCGGCGACGUGGAGAAG